AUCAUCAUGGUUCCUUCAGUCUGAAGUGACUUCCUCAAUAGCUCAGCCAAGAGCAGCAGCCAGAUAUAUCACACCAGUUCUCUGCCGCCGAGUGGAAGUGAAGCACGAUGAAGUGGAUUGUUGUGUUUCUCCUUCUGUUAGAUCCAGUUGCACUUGUUGAAGGAAAACUGUGGGUGACAGAGUUCGGUCAGUUCACGCUCAGACUGGACUUCCCCUCGUCGUUCAGCGGUCUGACCAAGUCCUGUGGAAGACUCUUUCCUGUUCUGUACCUCCCGCUGCUGGACAGUUCUGGUUUCACUCAUGACACCCUGAGAGGCAGGGUGACCCAGACUGAGACGGCCACCUCCAUCGAAUUCAAAAUAUCUCACGCGCGCCUUCAGGACACCGGCUACUACAGGUGUUAUGUGCAUACGCUCUACCAAGACUACCACGUCAGAGUGAUCGCGUCUCCGUAUCAUCGGAACCCUGCUCAAAAAACAGCCGUCCCGGUCAGCUUCACGGAGCCAGCUCAGGCUCACGAAGACCACAGCUCCAGAGUGGGCUGGAGUCCUCACUGGACCCUGGUGGCCGUCGUGUCUGUCGCUGUGACCCUCGUGGCGGUGUCUCUGGGCUCCGUAGUUUGCGUCCUCGCCAGGAGGAGGAGGCGCUCAAAGGAAGGUGGUGACUAUCCUCGCACGACAUCGCGGAUGUUUCUUCAGAGUGUGAUUUUUUCAUCAGCUGUGGACACCCCCAAGGCAGGUGCAGCAGUGACCCACUCACUCACUUCCUCUUCACUGACCAAUCCGGUCUCUGUCCAGGACACUCCAGCAGUAGUCUACGCCACCGUGGACUUCAAGCCCAAACAGCCAGAGCUACACCCAGAUUUGAGGACUGAAGACGAAAGCUGUGAGUCCUGGCUGGGCGAGCGGGACGUGGCGGAGUACUCCACUGUGGCGGUCCACCACAGACAGACGACGAACUGCUGAAUCGCACUCAUCCUUCCCUUUUCUUUUGUUCUAAAAAUUGAUGUUUGAAAUGACCACUUCCUUCAGGCCAGUGUGACCACAGGGCUGUCACCUGAGCUGCCUCUCUUACUUUGUUGACAAAGCUGUAUCACAUGGAGCAAAAAUAAAGACAUCAAUCUACAUAAAAUAAAUGUGUUUUGGCACAGC